AAAGCCAGAAGAGUGUGUCAGCAGCGCUCUCUAGCCGCCUUCAGUCCCGGUUCUUCCCCUCCUGCGAAAACAGUUUCGGGGGAAAAAAACAGAAAAGUUUGUUUUGGUUUUUCCUACAUCGGACCUAGACUCAGCCAGUCUUCCAGCAGAUAUAAAUUAGGAACGGCUCAGCAAUGCCCGUACCACGUAGGAUUCUGGGUAGAGCUUUGGCAUUUUUCGUGUUGCUUGUGACGUUCGCCGAUGCUCAUCGAUUCCUGAGCCAAAACACAGCCUCGCAGUUCCUAAGGAGGCACAGGAGGGCCAACUCUGGGUUUGAGGAGACCAAGGCGGGCAACUUGGAAAGGGAGUGCAUAGAGGAGCUAUGCAACAAGGAGGAGGCCAGGGAGAUCUUUGAGAACCAGCCUGAGACGGAAUACUUCUACCCCAAAUAUGUUGUGUGUCUGGGUUCCCACCGAGUUGGCAUCAGCAAUGGGAACUCGGGGUCAGACAUCCCAUCAAACCUUCGCACCUGUGUUAAGGAAAUCAGUAACCAGUGCACCCCGUUUCCAUGCUACAAGGAGGGUUCAGAGGGCUGUGUUGACGGCCAGGCUUCCUUCACAUGCGUGUGUAAACCGGGCUGGAAGGGGCGGCUCUGUGAAUAUGACAUUGACGAAUGUUCCGAUCCAGAUUUUCCAGCUGGAUGCAAACACAAAUGCAACAACAUCCCCGGAAGUUUCUACUGCAUGUGCGAUGAAGGCUACUUCCUGAAUGAUAAAAUCAACUGUGUGGACAUCAACGAAUGUUUGUUGUAUCGAAGUAUCUGUGAAGAGCCAGCCAAAUGCGUCAACACGCCUGGCAUGUACGAGUGUCAAUGUCCGCCGGGGUUUAAGUAUAACUUCACCUCAAAGUCCUGCGAUGAUGUGAAUGAGUGUGAGCGCGUUUUGUGUGAUGGGACAUGUGUGAACACAGUAGGCAGCUACACGUGCAUCUGCGAUGGUCGCGCAGGAUUGCGCCUGGCGGUGGAUGACCGAUACUGCGAGACAAUUCCCAUCUGCGUGGACCUGAACGACUACAAACAUCCUGAGAUGCUUUACCUGGGGGAGCUGUUUGCGGGUCGUCCCGUCAUCUUGCUUCAUUUCCGCCUACCUGAAAACACAAAGUUUGCAGCCGAGUUUGACUUCCGGACGUUUGACCCAGAGGGAGUUAUUCUGUAUGCGGAGUCUUCCAAUCAUUCAUGGUUCAUGUUAGGGCUAAGAGGAGGCCGCAUUGAAGUACAGUUCAAAAACCACCAUGCUUUCAAGGUUACCAGUGGAGGCAAAUUCAUAAAUGAUGGGGAGUGGCAUGUGAUCUCUGUCGAUGAGCUGGAGAACAGCAUCAGUGUGAAGAUCAGCAAUGAAGCUGUGAUGAGCAUCAACAGUCCAGAGAGUCUCUUUACUUCAGUCAACGGGAAGCUGGAGACCAAAGUCUACAUAGCCGGUCUGCCAAACCGCACAAACAAUGUCAUCAAGCCGAUCAAUCCUCGACUAGAUGGCUGUAUACGUGGCUGGAACUUUAUGAAACAGGGGCCGUCUGGAGUUAAGGAGAUCAUCCAGGGGAAGCAGAGUAAACACUGCUUUGUGCAUGUGGAACGAGGAUCUUUCUUCUCUGGAGAAGGACUUGCCCACUUUGACAUAGACUACACAGGUAAAUCUGGAAAGUGGAAUGUGAAUGUAGAGAUGCGGAUACGUCCAUCUAAAAGUACAGGCGUCCUCUUUGCGCUUGUCUACAACAACACAGUCCCCCUGUCAGUUGCAGUGGUAGAGAAAGGAGAAGGAGAUGCGAAUUUACAAGUGUUCUUGGAAGGUGUUUCCGUGGCAACACUGGACUCAUUGAUGCUGUGCUACCCUGAACGGCUUGGGAUUCAGCUCAAUGUGACUCCCUCUGAAAUCCAACUCUCAGCCAGUUCUUCCACUGUGAGCUACAUCAAGUCUGAUGUCCUCGAGAAGAAACUGGAAGUCCUCAACAUCACCAUGCAGAAUCCUGUUGGCACAUACAUUGGAGGGAUACCAGGUAACAUCCCAUUAAUAGCCACCCCUGUGUCUGCUUUUUACUACGGCUGCAUGGAAAUCACAAUCAACGACCAGUGGCUGGACUUUGACGAGGCUCACAGGAAACAUAACAGCAUCAAAUCCCACUCCUGCCCUCCUGUCUCCGCCUCGGAGCCUCACCCUAUUGUAUCACACCUGCACAGAUAGGGACCUUAAACAGUAAAAGAAUUCAAAGGCGGCGAGCAAUCGGUCAUUAGGGUAGACGUGUUCUAAUAUUUUUGUCUUUACUUUUCACAUAAACAGCAUCACUGCCUUGGAUGUGUACCUUCAAAAUAAAAGCAGUUUGAAACCUGGACAACAAACAGACCUGUUUGUUGGAGAGAAUCUGAGCUGUACAGCACCAACAUAUGUGUGUUGAGCAACAUGUGAUUUGUAUUUGUAAAAAAAUAAACAAGUGGUUGCUUUUGGCCAUUCUCUGAUGACACCUGGUCCUUGUCCUUGCAGCUGGGUCACACAGUUAUCUGAAAUCUUUUUAUAACUGGGGAUGACUUAUUUUUACUGUGGCCUUGGGAGUAAAACCUAGGAGGAGAAUGCUGAGACGGCAGGCUCGAUCCAGUUCUGUUGCAUUGUCAUAUCAUCACUGGCUAAUGUAGGUCAUCAGAAAUCUGAACUGCAGUUCUGCUUCUGUUGUCAUUUCCCGUGACCACUAUUUGUAUCUCACAGAAAACAGUCGUAAUUAUUUAAGUUAAACUUAGUUCUAUGUUUUGUGUGUUGAACUGUUGUUUUAAUAAAAUUCCAUCAAAAUUGA